CUCACCAAGGGUCCUGAGCUUGCUUAGGAGGGAUGGACACGGUCCCCAAGAGCAGCAUGGGACCUACCAAGGCGGUCCCCACCCCAUUUGGCUGCAUUGGCUGUUCACUGCCAAAUCCCGACUACCCACCAGCACUAAUCACCUUCAUGUUCUGCGUAAUGGUUAUCACCGUUGUCUUAGAUCUGAUCGGCAACUCCAUGGUCAUUUUGGCUGUGUCCAAGAACAAGAAGCUCCGAAAUUCUGGCAACAUCUUUGUGGCCAGUCUCUCUGUGGCAGACAUGCUGGUGGCCAUCUACCCCUACCCUAUGAUGCUGUACGCCAUGUCAGUUGGGGGCUGGGAUCUGAGUCAGCUCCAGUGCCAGAUAGUCGGGCUGGUCUCAGGACUGAGUGUUGUCGGUUCCAUCUUCAACAUCACGGCCAUUGCCAUCAACCGUUACUGCUACAUCUGCCACAGCCUCCAAUACAAGCGGAUCUUCAGUCUGCGCAAUAGUUGCAUCUACCUGAUCAUUACCUGGGUCAUGACUGUCCUUGCUGUUCUGCCUAACAUGUACAUUGGCACCAUUGAGUAUGAUCCUCGCACAUACUCCUGUAUCUUCAACUAUACGAACAACUCUGCCUUCUCUGUUACCAUUGUCUGCAUCCACUUUGUCCUCCCUCUCUUCAUAGUCGGUUAUUGCUACACAAAAAUCUGGAUCAAAGUGCUGGCAGCCCGUGACUCAGCUGGACAGAAUCCUGAGAAUCAGUUUGCUGAAGUUCGAAAUUUUCUAACCAUGUUUGUGAUCUUUCUACUUUUUGCAGUGUGCUGGUGCCCUAUCAAUGUGCUCACUGUGUUGGUGGCUGUCAGUCCAAAGGAUAUGGCAGGCAAGAUCCCUAACUGGCUUUAUCUUACAGCCUACUGCAUAGCCUACUCCAACAGCUGCCUCAAUGCUAUCAUCUACGGUAUCCUCAAUGAGAGCUUCCGACGAGAAUACUGGACCAUCUUCCAUGCUUUGCGGCACCCUAUCUUGUUCAUCUCUCGCCUCAUCACUGAUAUUCGGGAGGCUUGGGAGACCCGAGCUCUCACUCGUGCCCGUGUUCGUGCCCGGAGUCAAGCCAGAGAAGAUGAGCACACCCAAGCCUGUCUUGCUGUGGAGGGAACCCCGCAGAACGUCCGGAAUGUUCUACUGCCUGGUGAUGUAGCAGCAGCAGCCCACUCUGACCGUGCCUCUGUCCACCCCAAGCCCCAAACCAGGUCUACUUUUGCCUACCGAAAACCUGCCUCUUUCCAUCAUAAGUCUCUUUCUGGCCACCCCAAGUCUGCCUCUGUCUAUCCUAAGCCAGCCUCCUCUGUCCAUUUUAAGCCUGCCUCUGUCCAUUUCAAGGGGGACUCUGUCUAUUUCAAGGGGGACUCUGCUCAUUUCAGGGCUUCUUCCAAGCUUGUCAGCAGUCACCGUAUCUCUGCUGGCUCUUCCUCCAACCAUCCUACCUCCACUGCUACCAGCCACCCUGAAACCAUCACUGUUGACUAUCUUGAGCCUGCCACCAGCAGCCAUUCUGUGCUCACUGCUGUUGACCUCCCUGAGAUCUCAGCUUCCCAUUGCUUUGAGAUGACCACCACUGGCCACGUCAAACCUGGCAGUACCGUCUCCAACUUUCCGGUUGUAUUCCCUGAGGCUGCUGCCACCUCUGACAGCCCUCCUGACCCCACUGUAAUCCCCAUUGCUACCGAUGAUUACCGAAAGGUUGUGCUUAUUGAUGAUGAUUUUGAUGAUUCUGAUUGUUCUGAUGAGAUGGCUGUGUGAAGUGUUCUUUACAGUUUGCCCUGCUUCUGCAGUCCAGA